AAAUGGCAGAAUCUUGUGUAAAACCUCAACUACCUCGUCCUCGAAUUCCAAAUAUUAGAGUUUUUCAACCAACUACUCGAAUUCCCACAUUUACAUAUGAACAAUUCAACGAAUCCGUCGAAAUUCUUCCAAGUCGUCCCGAAUGUCUUUAUCGUCGAAAUGAUCCAACAAAUCGAAGUUAUCGAAUGAAAAAACGACCACCGGCACAAAUAUAUCAUUGUGUUCAAUGCAAUAAGCACAUAAAAUAUCCAUCAAAAAUAACUGAACACAUUCGAAAACAUACUGGAGAGAAGCCAAAUGUUUGUUCAAUUUGCAAUAUAAGUUUCAGUCAAGCACAUACAUUAAAAACUCAUAUGCAGCAACAUGCACAUGAAAAACCAUACAAAUGUUCAUUUUGUACGGCUGAAUUCUUGAAUGUUUAUGAAAAGAAUGAACAUGAAGAGCAACAUAUGCAUCAUCCAAAUCACGGUGAAACAAUGGAAGAGAACAAUGCAACGACGUCACAAUUUAUUCAGGUCGCGGAGCCAACAAUUCAAGCAGAGCCGUGCCAAAUUUACGAAUGUUCUGAAAUGUGCGGUUUUCAGAGUUAUGAAGAAGCCGAAGUUGUCGAACAUAUGACUGUCACACAUUAUCAGCAAACGGUCCAAAACGGAUUGAUCCUUCAAGAUUUCAAUGGUGAGCCUGAGCCGAUCUACGAGUUUUACGAGGAACAAUACGUUCAACAAGUACCAACAGAAAUAGAAGAAACACCGACAAUAAAACAACAAUCAAUUCCAUAUGAAAAUCUUCAUUUUGAGCAUGUUGAAGCAGCUCCAGGACCAUCUGAACCACAUUUACAAGUUGUAGCAGAAGGAGAAAUAUUAUAUGAUGGAGAAGAAAUAGUUGAUAUUUCAAAUGGAAAAAGUCUUAAAGAGGAAAUUCAAAAUGGUGAUGCCAAUAUUUAUGGAAUGAUUCAGGAUUUAGAAGAAGAAGUAGAAGAUAUAGGAAAUGAAGAUGAAGAAAGAGAACGUGUUCGUAUUAUGGUUAAUCCAAAUCCACCAAAAAGAGGAACAAAAAGUCUUCGAGAUCAUCAUGAAGCAACAGCAGCAACAAUGGAAAUGAUUGUAGAUGCAUCUAUAUUAGAAUUGGCUGAACCAAGUCGUCAUUUAAAACAAGGAUAUCCACCUAUUUCUAAAAGAAAAAAUACUGGAAAAAGAGCUGAAAACUUGGAUUGGAUUAUUGAUGCUGUUGCUAAGGGCGUAGACGUAAGCGAAGCGAGCCCCCAUCAUCGUAAAAAGCCAACACUGCACAAAUGUGAGUACUGUGGCCGAGUGGACAAGUAUCCGAGCAAGAUUCGUGCUCACAUGAGAACUCACACCGGCGAGAAACCAUUCAAAUGUGAAAUCUGUGGAAUGGCAUUCUCACAGAAGACUCCAAUGAGAUUACAUUUACGUCGACAUUUCGAUCAGAAACCAUAUGAAUGUGAUGUUGAUGGAUGCAAGGAACGAUUUGUCAGUGGAGCUAUACUCAAAAUGCAUGUUGAGAAGAAACAUUUGAAUAAGAAAAAAUAUGUGUGUUCUCGUGGAUGUGGCCGAGUCUUUUCAAGUGCAUACAAUCAAAAACAUCACGAAAAGAAGUGUGAACAGACAUAUGUAACAUGGGUAGAAGGUGAACAACAAAGUGUUGAAUCAGGAGAAGAAGAUGAAGAAUCAAAUGGAGAAUAUCCAGAUGAUGAUGAAGAAUAUAUGGACGAUAUGAUUGAUGCAUCAACAUCUCAACCAAUAAAUCGGGUCGUCGAACAUUUUUCUGAAGAGCCUGUUUUUCUGCAUCAAUAACUAUUCUCUUUCUCACUAGUUUAUCCAAUUUCUUUCACUUUUUUUUGUCAUUUUUGAAAUUUUUUUCACAGUUAAUCUUGAUAUAUUUCGUUGAUAAGACCUUUUUAAUAUGUUUUUUUUCAAUUUGUUUGGGAGUAGAUGAAAAUUUUGAACAUCG